UUCACUCAUAACAUACCAUCACCUAACUAACUCUCAACUGAUAAUGGAUCACAAAAAGCAACAGUCCAGUGGUUCUUCUUCGUCUUCUUCGUUUACGGAGAAUCUGUUUGGCCCCAAGGAUGUAUCCUCCGCCUCCUCGUCGGGCCUCUUCAGCUCGGUUUUCGGUCCUUCCUCUACGGGUCUAGGAAGACAUCCAUCACACUCUACCAACACAGGGUUGUCGAAAAAUCAGGAGUUUGGAGGUCCAUACGGAAGUGGCAAACCUUCAACACAAGAUUACAAGGCACAAAGAAGCACGGGUCCGGAUUACCGAAAUGAAACAGCAGAGCCAAGCUAUCUCAGUUCAUCCAUCUAUUAUGGUGGCCAAGAAGUUUAUUCUCCAAACACCCAAACCACUCGCCCUCCGCACACAGUCAAGAAAGAUGGAGGUGAGACUGAUCCAAAUGGGAGCAGUGCUUCAAGGGGAAACUGGUGGCAAGGAUCUCUCUACUACUAAAUGGUGUGUCUUACUAUGCAUGUAUGAAGAUGAAGAUUAGAGAGUGGCAAGACAGUAAAUAAGUCCUAAAGUUUUGCCAGAGCUUGAAGUUUUUAGAUUUUCUUUAUUAAGAUCUUAAUUAAUGUAUAUGAACUGAUGCUUGUCUGGUCAGGCAGGGUCAUGAUAUCUGUUUGUUUCAAGGCUUUUUUUAUUAGUCUUAACAAGUGGUCACAUGGAGUUGAAUGUGACUAGCUUCAA